UUUUUAUAUAAAAUGAGCCUUGCUUUAUAGAACACUGUUUCUGUAUAAACGGCAGCAUGGUUUUACUUGGACUAUACAUCAACGUGGUUGAAAAAGGAGUAAAGCCUUCCAUUACGUGCUUGUUAAACACGCAAAACACGUGCUGGGUAAAACCGCGCAAGCGAGGUUGUUUGUUCCAGAAGAGCACUAAUCGUGAGCUCAUCGCCAUGGGGAAAGAUUACUACAGGACGCUGGGGGUCCCAUCCGGCUCCAACGAGGAGGAGAUCAAGAAGGCCUACAGAAAAAUGGCGCUGAAAUUCCACCCGGACAAAAACAAGGACCCCAACGCAGAGGACAAGUUCAAGGAGAUCGCAGAGGCCUACGAGGUGCUGAGCGACCCCAAGAAGAGGGGCAUCUACGAUCAGUAUGGAGAGGAGGGUCUGAAGGCUGGGGGAGUGGGCUCGUCAGGGGGUCCUGGGAGCACCUACCAUUACACCUUCCACGGGGACCCCCACGCCACCUUCGCCUCCUUCUUCGGGGGCUCCAACCCCUUCGACAUGUUCUUCGGGCCUGGCCGCUCGCGGGGCACCACCAACGGCUUCGACCACGUGGGGGGGGAGCAGGACAUGGACCUGGACAUGGAUGGGGACGAGGACCCUUUCAGUGCCUUCGGACGCUUUGGCAACGGUUUGAACGGGUUCCAUCACGGCGGCGGCGGGCGCAGGCAUCCCGCAGAGCCUCUGCACAGGCGGAGCAAGCUGCAGGAUGCCCCCGUGGUGCAUGAGCUGCGGGUGUCCCUGGAGGAGAUCUUCCAUGGCUGCACCAAGCGCAUGAAGAUCACGCGGCGCCGACUCAACCCCGACGGCAGGACCACGCGCUCUGAGGACAAGAUCCUUCACAUUGUUAUCAAAAGGGGCUGGAAGGAGGGCACCAAGAUCACCUUCCCCAAGGAGGGGGACGAAACCCCCGAGAACAUCCCCGCAGAUAUCGCCUUCGUGCUUAAGGACAAGCCUCACCUGCACUUCAAGAGGGACGGCUCCAACGUUAUCUACAGCGCCACAGUCUGUCUGAAAGAGGCUCUGUGUGGUUGCACGGUCAACAUUCCCACCAUUGACAACCGAGUAAUUCCUUUGCCUUGUACUGACAUCAUCAAACCAGGGACAGUGAAGAGACUGCGAGGGGAGGGGUUGCCCUUCCCAAAGAGCCCCACACAGCGCGGGGAUUUGAUAGUGGAGUUCAAAGUGCGCUUCCCGGACAGAAUCUUACGCCCGGAGGCGUUUCAUCUCUUUAGGAAUUUGCGUGGAGGGUGUGAACAUGGUGCUGAGGGAAUGACUCGGCAAGGGUCCUUCUCUACUCCAUUCACAGAGCAGUUUUGA